GAAGUGGCUACGGUGAGGCCAUUUAGCGUGAACCCGGGGAGAUUCACAUGGGAGUGGAAUGGGAUAGAUGAAGGAAGGGGAUAUAUUCGCACUUUGGGGGCCGUGGUCACGGGGGAACGCAAUCCCGUUAGACUGCGGAGGAGUGGAUCCGGGUGAGGCUUCAUCAGCGGGUCGUACUUGCACCGCGCAGGUACAGUGCUAAUACUCGUACAUGUUGUGUGGGGCGACGGGAGCUAUGAUAGUGACUGGAAAAAAGAAGAUGGAAAUUCUCGCGGUGCAGUAUUUCCCUGCGAAGCGAGCCCCCGGCGUAGCGAGCGCCUACCGUACCAUUUAUUGGCUCGCCUUUCAUGGGUUGUGCGGUUUUAGACCGUAGCUUAGAGCAUUUUGUGAGCCAGUUCUCCUUAUGCCGGGUGCUCGCUGUGUAGGGAAGCAUCGUAUCACCGGGUUGAGAAUUGGUUAUUGAUGAGGUUGGUUUUACCCGAGUAUGUUGGCUACCGGCAGUUGAAUUUUUGGUUGAAAGGCGGGGAGAAUUCGCGACUACUCGUACUUAGUACAGUACUAGUAUAGUGUGGAUGUCGCGAAGGUGUUACAGAUUGAUUACAGUGCCGCACUUUACCUCCCGAUUAUUAUUUUUGUUUUGCAUUUGGGCCACUCUUUGAACAUGGUAGUCCGUGCAAGGCGGGCAGGUCAGUUAUGGAUCGUUGCGGUUAUUAUUUGGAUUUGUCGACGGUCCAGAUCGAAUGUUGCGGGGUACUUCUCAACGUUCUGGACUCGGAAUGGUGGUUUUCUUUUCUUCUUUUCUAUUAUGGGUAAGGUACCGUAGGCGCGCCCUUGCAUCAGGUCUCACCCGCCGAACGGAUGUCCUUUUUGGGGGGAGCGAUGGUGCAUCGGGCCCGUUGCCAAUGAUCCCAAAGAUUCGAUAAGCCUCUCUAGCCUUGGGCUAACCUUUAUCUAGUAUCAUAGUAGGCUUUCUUUUUGGAUCACGAAUUAUGAUGAUGAUGGAGUUUAGAGCCAAGCAUUGCUAGUGUUCACUUCUGAACAAUAUUCUCAGAAGCCAGAAUCCAAUCGCACUCUUGACAUCACCGAUGAUGUGCUAUAAAAAAAAUAUAGCCCCCACCUCGCGUGUGGAUUGUCUGGUAUGCAUUCCUUCUCUUCUCACACGGAAAAAAGGCGUCCUCCGAUAUGAUUUAUAUUUUUCUUUGCGCUCUUUUAACGGCGUGUCCGCUCCCUAUCUUAUCUGCGCCUGUUCACCAGAUCCCACUGGGACAGAGCUCGGUUGGUGAAAUUUCGAACAAGUUCUUCGAAGAGCUGGAGGGUCUCGCGGGGAUUGUCGAAAUAUGCUCACAUGAUUCUGCCAAAUUGCGCCGAGAUGCCCUGUUGAAAAACCUGGAUGUGGUUCAUCAAUGGGACAAUGCGGAUACCCAAGGAUAUGUAGCAGUUGACAAUAAUCAUAGGAAUAUCUAUGUUGUAUUUGAUGGAGAUUAUGGAUAUGUCGACGCUCUUGUUGACUUGGCGUUUCCUCUACCAUUUGAGGUCGCUGGUGUGUAUGGAAGCGGGGGAUUGAUUCAUGGUGGGUUCCAAAAGGGGUGGGAGGCCGUUGGAGGAACCGUUCUUGAUAGAGCCAACUUGUUGCGGAGAAAUUAUGGGCAACGUAAGUAG